AGCUCGAUGCGAAACGAGUUUUUACAACAAUCCGAUGGUUAAAUAAAUUUCGGGCGGUCCAAAAAAAACGACAAAAAAAGUGAAGUAUCCUUGGUGCUGUAUCUAGUUAAAAGUUAAUCAAAUGAAUAAUAAAAUGACUCUGGCCAAACUUUUCCCAGCUCUGUAUUUUGUGAUUCUCAUCGUCCAUGCAGAAGCACUCUCGAUAAGGAAUUUCGAUAUACUGGGAGAAUUAUCAAAACAUCAUCUACUAUUACUUGACUCCACUAUCGAUGACCAUAAAAAUUUUGCAGAUGAUCCUGUUCCUAUGUUUGCUGAGCCAAUACCGAACGUGACUGUUAGUAUUGGUCGAGAUGCGUUAUUGGCGUGCAUAGUGGAUAAUCUAAAGCGUUAUCAGGUGGCGUGGGUUCGAGUUGAUACACAGACGAUACUCUCAAUUCAUGAUAACGUUAUCACUCAAAAUCCGCGAAUAUCAUUGUCAUACAAUGAUCAUCGAUCGUGGUAUCUUCAUAUAAAAAAUGUACAGGAAAUUGAUCGAGGAUGGUAUAUGUGUCAAAUUAAUACUGACCCGAUGAGAAGUCUUCAAGGUUAUCUUCAAGUUGUAGUACCGCCUAAAAUUGUUGCAAAAGAAACAAGUACUGAUAUGGUUGUGAGAGAAGCUUCAAAUGUGACACUAGUAUGCAAAGCAGUUGGAUAUCCCGAACCCUACGUGAUGUGGCGCCGAGAAGACGGCAGAAAUAUAAAUUAUAAUGGCGAAAGUGUGAGCGUCGUAAAUGGUGAGAUCCUUCAUAUUGUAAAAAUCAGUCGAUUACAUAUGGGUGCUUAUUUAUGUGUGGCAAGCAAUGAAGUGCCACCUUCAGUGAGUGCACGCGUGGAUGUUCGAGUGCAAUUUCCGCCAAUGCUGUCAAUACCAAAUCAACUGGAAGGAGCUUAUAUUGGCCAGGAUGUCAUUUUAGAAUGUCAUACAGAAGCUUAUCCUACGUCGAUAAAUUAUUGGACAACAGAGACCGGUGACAUGAUCGUUUCAGGCUAUUACCAUUCGAUUGCAGGUGAAAAAUAUGAAGCGCUUUACACCGACAGCGGUUACAAUAAAUAUAUGAUGCUAAAAAUCCGUAACGUUGGACCCAAUGAUUUUGGAUCGUAUAAAUGCGUGGCGCAAAAUUCACUUGGAGGAACAGACGGAGUUAUAAAACUAGAUGAAAUUCCUGCGCCUUCGACUACCACAACGCAAGCAACGUACUACGUUACAUCUUUAAUAAAAAAGAAUGCAAAAAAUGGAAAUAAAAAAUAUAGACAACGACCCAACGAUUAUGAAGUAGAAGAGUGGCGAGAUACCGAUUACGAACGAGACUACGACUCGACGAAAAAGUCAAAACUCGAUACUGAAGGCAGUGGAUCUAUAAGGUUUUCGGGCCCAUUAAUCACGUGGCUUCUAUCAUCGUCACUACUAGUUACUGCAGGAAGAUGAUAGUUUUCAAAUGAAUGGGGCUUCCAGUCGAUGUUUUCUCCAUAACAAACACCAAUUGUUUGAAUCUGGCCGACGGCCAUUUAAUACAAAACAUUUGUGAACUAAAAUUAUUUUCAUACUGAAAGCAACCAACCGAAGGUGAAUUCACAUAACAAGCAUGUUUGUAUGUAAUUUAAUGUAUUAAAA